AUGUCGAUUCGUGUGCCUACAACGGAUGUGUCCGUUGUUGACCUGACUUGCUCUUUGGAGAAGGAGGCUACUUAUGAUCAGAUCAUGGAAGCGAUUAAGAAGGCUGCUGACGGACCCUUGAAGGGCAUCUUAGCUUACACUGAUCAUGAUGCUGUAUCUACCGAUUUCAUUCAUGACAAGGCAUCGUCCACUGUCGACAUCAAAGCUGGCAUUUCCCUCAAUCCCACUUUCGUGAAGCUUAUCUCUUGGUAUGACAAUGAGUGGGGUUAUUCCAACAGACUCUGCGAUCUCGCUGCCCACGUUGGCAAGACUUGCGGUUUCUAG